AUGAACGGUCGGAUCCUUGUAUUUUUGGGGCUCUGUUUGCUCCCCACUGUUUACAGUGAAGGUUCUGCAGCAGCGUGGUGCUAUCACCAGGAGAGCUGCAAUGAAAGUAAAUGGGCGUCUAUAGCACCGGAAUACUGUAACGGCACCCGUCAGUCUCCCAUCAACAUAGUGACGACCAGUGUGAAGCCUGACGGAAACCUCACCGCCUUCAGUUAUACUGGGUUUAAUUCCAACUCCACCCUGACACGCCUCACAAACACCGGCCACACAGUGAAGGUUGAUCUGGAUGAUGCUAAGAUGAACGUGUCAGGAGGAAAUCUUCCAGCCACGUACAGAAGCAUACAGUUCCACUUUCACUGGGGAAACGGCAGCUCAUCAGGAGGAUCUGAUCACACAGUAGAUGGAAAACAAUAUCCUCUAGAGCUUCACAUAGUGAAUCUGAAAUCUAAUUAUACAGGCAUAAACGAUGCUUUUAAUGACUCCACUGGACUGGCUGUGCUUGGUUUCUUUAUUGAGGCAACCAAUGAGACUGGAAAACCAGACAGCUGGAAGAUACUGACGGAUUACCUGCCAAAUAUUACUAAACAAGGUGAUAAUCUGGAUAUUUUGGAUAGUGGUAUCACCAUGGACAGUCUGCUUGAGGGAGUAAACAGGACUAAGUAUUACCGCUACCUGGGCUCACUGACCUCGCCCAACUGUAAUGAAGUGGUGGUAUGGACCGUCUUCAAAGAUCCCAUCAAAGUCAGCAAAGAUUUGAUCGACCUCUUUAGCAAGACGGUGCAGGUCAACAGCACACCGUCAACAGCCGUUUUUGCAACCAACACCUACAGAUCAGUUCAGCAGCUGAACAGCAGGGUCGUGACCUCACAACCUUCAUCAGCCAGCAUUCUUCAUUCCACUCUGUCCCUCCUAACGGCGCUCCUGUGUUCUGUACUCUGGUGUUGGGUGUAGUGACUGACAUUCAACAUGUCAGUCCAGAGAGGAUCAAAAAUACAGACACACUUGAUAAAUGAUCUCGUUUAUGUUCCUGUGAUUUAACAUCCUGUGGGGGAGCCUAAAUAAUGUGCAGCUUUUUGGGAAGAAAUGAAGGUGCACUUUGAG